AUGGCAGAGUUAACAGAACAUUUCCGCACGUCUCGCCGCUGGACUCUUUACUUCUCCACCCAUAGAAACCCUCGGCGAUGCGUUGCGAUGGCAAGGCAUGUUCACCGCGAACAAAUAGUUCCGAACCGGUGGUUGCAUGCUGCCACCCUGGAAAGAUUCGCCAGAAAACCCAUCAGCCGCAAGACUCUUAACGCGCUCGCAUUCCCAGAUCUCUGCGAGAAAAAUUCUCUCUUUGCUAGUGCAAACUAUGUCAAGAACGAGUUGCCAACUCGCCUGUCACAUCGAAUCGUAGAUAUGAAGGAACUGCCAUAUUUUGUUCUUACCGCGCCAAGUAUUCAUCAUGUCUAUCAAAUCUACAUCGAUGCCUUCUCUUCAUGCUCACAAUUCCCGCCCAUCACCUCACUCGGGCAGGAGGCCCUCUUUUGUGAGCUGCUCAAAAAAAUUGUUUCUGAUAGCGCGGAGGUCGUGCAGUUAGUAGCAGAAGGCCUGUUUCAGUCAAGAAUGAUUUCACAACGUCUGGGUCUCCAUAAAAAUCAGCAUCUACACGUCCAGCUGCAGGAAUGGGUAGAGAUAUUGAUGGCUAGUAGGAUUGGAAGACGAGUGCUUGCCGAACAACAUAUUGCCUUGCAUGAGGCCGUCCAGCAAGGAAAUGACAUUGUAGAUAUGCAAUGCGACGUUUUGCAGUGUCUGAGUCACGCUAUCCUCGCGUCGAAGCGCGUCUCUACCUAUCACUACGGUGUCUCUCCAGAAGUCUUGAUCAGUGGAUGCGACGUCAUUCACCUGCCGUUCGUGAGAGCUCAUCUUGAAUACACUUUAUUUGAGCUACUAAAAAAUGCUAUGCGGGCCACAGUGGAACAUGCCGGGGGCAAGCGUGGAUCGGUGUUUGCUCCACCUGAAGAACUUCCAGCUGUACAUGUGCUUGUAGCUAGUGGUCCAAGCGAGCUUACAAUAAGGAUAUCCGAUGCCGGUGGAGGCCUAAAACAAGGCGACAAAGAUAAAAUAUUUCAGUAUGGCUACACAACCGUUGGAGAUCAUGCUGCGAUUGAGGUUGCUGAGUCUGUCGCUGAAGAAUCUUUCCUUGGCAAUGCGCUUUCGGAUCGUGUAGCCCCUAUGCAGGAAUCCCCGAUGGCUGGUCUUGGCUUUGGGCUUCCAAUGAGCCGGUUGUAUGCUCGCUAUUUUGGCGGGGAUACGAAAGUAAUUAACCUUGAAGGGUAUGGAUGCGAUGUGUACGUGACCCUCUCCCGAACUGGGGACGUACUUGAGAAUAUCCUAGUAUAGUUCGAAACACUACAGUACAGUGACACCCUUGUGUCUCUAACGGAACGAGUGCUUGAACGUUUUGUCGAGUGCGUGAUAGACAACAAAGUACUGUACAAAAAGGCUGCGAUGACUGCAAAUAUUAGCAGUAAGACGUAGAAACCAUGAAAAGAAACACCCAUGUUACAACAGCUCUGGAUAUAGCAGCUU